AUGUCUCUUCCUACCGACUCCUCGGGCACGCUAUUGGUCCCAAGUCUUGACGGCACCAUCAUUCCUUACUUCAGAUGCAAUGUCGACACUUGCUCGCUUUCCUAUGCACAAGUCCAAUAUCAGCCCUCCGAAAGCGGCAACCUCACGUACUUGAUCAUCUUCGCUGUUCUGCUUCUCGCCCAAUCUGUUCUUGGAAUCAUAUACCGAACAUGGGGGUUCUCUAUCGCCAUGGUGCUUGGCUUGGUGCUGGAGGUCAUAGGAUAUGUAGGGCGUUUACAGAUGCACAAUGACCCCUUCAAGAUGGAUCCUUUUUUAAUAUACCUCAUCUGCCUAACUAUUGGUCCCGCCUUUCUAUCAGCAGCUGUCUAUCUAUCGCUUUCGCGGCUCAUUGUGGUCCACGGCGCAUACCUGGCUCGUUUUGCGCCUCGCACCUACACGAUAAUCUUUGUAACAUGUGACGUCGUCAGUCUAGCCCUACAAGCGACAGGUGGUGCAUUUGCUGCCACCGACGGCGAUAGCAAUCUCAAACACACAGGCGUCAAUGUAAUGAUUGCCGGUUUAUCGUUCCAGGUGGCUAGUCUAUGGACAUUUAUUAUCCUUUCGGGAGACUUCGGGUGGAGAUUAAGAGGUUUGAAUGGGGUUCAGGAACAGAAAGCUUCAAAAUUGAGAAUGUCAACAAUGGUCAAGGCGUUUCCGUGGGCGACCGGAAUCGCCACGAUAGCAAUUUUUAUUCGAUGCGUGUACCGCUUAGCAGAGUUGCAGGAAGGCUUCGCCGGGAAAUUGGCAAAUGAUGAGGUUCUGUUCAUGAUUUUUGAAGGUCCGAUGAUCACGCUUGCUGCAAUUGCCAUAACGAUAUUUCACCCAGGUUUUUGCUUCAAAGGAGCUUGGGGGUCGCUGAAGUAA